AUGAUCUUCCAGUCAAUUAAUCGGCUUGAUUCGACCAAGGAUCUGGUCAGCCUGACACUGCCCAAUGUGACUGCCGGUUCGUCCAGUGACCCUGGGGGAGCGGCUGCGAGAACGAGGCUGCACAUCUUUGCCUUAUCACUAGUCACUGCAAACGGGACUGGAGUUGAUCUAGAUAUACAGCUUGCUCGCACGACCCAGAUGUGGAUGGAGGGAACUAACAAGACUCAAAUUGUCGAAGUCCGCGUUGACAAUGUUGGGCAAGAGUGGGUGUUGGAGAAACACAGUGUCAAGGUCACAGUGUCCUCGCCUGGCUUGAAGACCGUGGUUCCAGGGAUCAUCAAUCGGCUUCGACCAGGCGACCAAGCUAUUGUCCAGGUCGGUGUUGUCAACACCGCUGGCACGGAACAAGGGACUACCGGUCCUGCGACAGUUGAGAUCAACGGCAAUGGCGUGCAAGCGAGCCUGACAUUCAAUGCUACUUAUGGCAUUGGGCAAUACGAGGCUACGUAUGAGAGUAUUUAUGCACACGAAAGUCCGCCUUGGUUCACGAAUGGCAAAUUUGGAAUCUUUAUCCAUUGGGGAGUGUACUCAGUGCCAGGCUGGGGAAAUGUUGGCAAGAAGGAGAUGUACGCAGAAUGGUACUGGUGGUACCUAAAUCAAGGCAAAAACAGCAAAGCCGGAGACUGGUACGACUACCACCUCGCCACCUAUGGCCCAGACGUAGUCUACGACGACUUCAUCCAAAAUUUCACCGCCUCGGCCUUUGACCCUAAAGAAUGGGUCGACCUCUUCGCCGAUUCGGGCGCUCAAUACUUCGUGCAAGUCUCCAAACACCACGACGGCUUCGCCAUUUUCGACACGGGCAAUGUCUCCGCUCGCAACUCCGUCGCCCAAUUCCCACACAAGAAUCUCCUCCAAGAAAUUUUCGACGCCGCCACCGAACACCAACCACAUCUGCACAAAGCAACCUACUUCAGCCUUCCGGAAUGGUUUCAUCCCGACUACAAAUCCAUCGGCUUCUCCGCCUGGCCCGGCGGUAACGCCACCAAUCCCUUCACCAACCAAACUCUCCCAUACACCGGCUACAUCCCCGUCAAAGACUAUGUCCACGACCUCAUCCUCCCCGAAAUGAACAUCCUCGCCAGCAUGGGCACAGAGAUAAUGUGGUGCGACAUAGGAGGCCCAAAUUUGACCGCCGAGUUCGCAGCCUCCUACUUCAACGCCGCCGCCUCCCGUGGCGAACAAGUCGUACUCAACAAUCGCUGCGGUCUCCCCGGCGACUUCGACACCCCCGAAUACGCCCGCUACAAUGCCGUCCAAGUCCGCAAGUGGGAGAGUAAUCUCGGCAUGGACCCGUUCUCGUACGGCUAUAAUCGCGCCACACCCGACGAAGCGUACCUCACGCCGCAAGGUAUCGUCACCAGCUUGGUGGACAUUGUGUCGAAAAAUGGAAACCUCCUACUCGAUGUCGGACCGACGGCCAACGGCACGAUUGUGCAGAUUGAGCAGGAUAACCUUCGUGCCGCCGGGAAGUGGAUCAAAGACCAUGCGGAAGCGAUUUUCAACACGACGUAUUGGUUUGUGACGCCGCAAGAAGGGGAGGCGGUGCGAUUUACGCAGACGCCGGAUGCGUUUUAUAUUUUAGCGUUGUAUCCGCCGAAUGGGACAUUGUUGUUGGAUAGUCCCGUGCCGUGGGUGGAGGGGGAUCAAGUGGAAGUAGUUGGUGGGAAGGCGAGUGGUUCGGUCGUGCCGACGAGGCUGCUUGGGAAUGGAAGUCUGGAGGUGACGGUUAGUAAGGCUGUGAGGGAGGCGGAUGAAUUUUGUUGGGUUUUCAAGAUUCCCUUCUAUUGA